CACCGCUGCCUGCUUGCCCAACCACUUCCCCUCUUGCACUCUCCUCCAUCUCCAUCGCAACUCGCUCGCUCGUAAACAACUUUCAAACCAAAGAGCAUCCCAUCUACUCGGUUCAUAGCACCACCUUCAUCCACAGACAAGCGUGCAUAGCCCAGCACACUCACUUUAGUCGCGUGCCAAAUCCAGCACACGGCCCGCUACACCACGGCAUACGAGUCCCCGCAGCCACCGCCGAACAACGAGUCGACGCUCCGCCGUACUCCCCCACCUCUCGGAACGCGCGCGCACACCUCUUGCGCACUCUUCCAUUCCAGCGCGGACAUCGCGUCGGCAUUUCUUCGCUGCCAUCUUGGGAUCAUACCAAAGCGUCGCCUUCACCUAGGCGACAGCUAUCCUGGCCCACCCACCGCCCCACGCCACGCGCCUUCCCGCGCCUCCCCCUCCCCCCUACACCACACCUGCAUUGAUUCCGCAUCACACCACCGUCCACCACCAUGGGUCGCAAAAAGAUUGAAAUCAAGCCGCUUACCGAUGAGCGUAACCGCAAUGUCACGUUCCUCAAGCGCAAAGCCGGUCUCAUGAAGAAGGCAUACGAGCUGUCGGUCCUCUGUGGCGUGUCAGUCUCGCUCCUCAUCUUCUCGGCCAACGGCAAGCCAUACGAGUUUUCAUCGGCCGAGUUUGACAACGAAGUCGACCGGUACAACGAGUACGAGGGCAUGAUCGAGAGGCGGCGGGCCGCCGAGUUUGAGGCCAUGGCUCUUGCCGGCGAGGACGGCUCGGACGACGACGACGACCGUCCAGCCAAGGGCGCAAAGCCCAACGGCCCAUCCAAGUCGCUUAAGGGCAAGGAAUCCUUCAAGGCCCGCAGACACAGGUACCGCGACGCACCUGCACCCCGCCACCGCGACCACCAAAUCGACCGCAAGCCCGUCAUCCCUCCUCCUGGCGAGGAGCCUGGCAGCUUUAUCGGCGGUGUCAUUGGCGACGACCGCCGCGACAUUAGCGACGAGCCGACGCCCCCUCCCCCGAGGUCCGACUCUCCAUCGUCCGCUGGCUUAUCAUAUGCUCUCGGUCUCCACCAGCAGCAGCAGCAGCAGGCGUCUUGGUACGCUCGCAACGGCGGCGGUGCGCAGGGCUUUGGCGGUUCGGGCGGAUACCCCUUCCCCGGACAGGCCGGCGGGUCAUCCUACCUUCCUACCCCAGGCGUGAGUGGCUCGCCCCUCGGUGUCGGAGGCCUUUCCUCUGGCCUCGGAAACCCAUGGGAAGGAGGCCACAACCAGGCUCUGACGACGUACGCGUGGCUGCAGAUUCAGCAGGCCCACCAUGAACAGAAGCGCCAGCUCCUCGAGAAGCAGCACCAGCAGCUUUACGAGCUCACAUCGAGGACCGGCAACCACUCGUUCCUGCGCGACAUGCUUGGCGGCAAUGGCAUCGCACCGACCAGCAACUCGGCCAGUGGGUCGGGUUCCGGCGGCUCCAACUCGUGGAACGACUUUGUCUGGCCCACGGCCCCGGCCGACGAGAUACCCCAGCCCAACGGCACGGUGUCGACCCCACCAGAGGAGGACCUCGUUUGGGCCCUCUCGGGCGGCGGCGGCGGCAACGGCGGUGUCGGACGCGGCAGCCUCUCGCAGCAGGGCAUGCUCCCGCCCCAGUCGAACAACAUGCCCUACAACGUCGACUACUCGAACGGCCCCAUGGACCCCAUGGGCGGCGGCAAGCGUCCUCGCGAUAUGCGCACCGGAUUGCCCAUCGAUGACCCACGCAAGCGUCUGAGGACCUAAGUGGUACAGCGCGCAUAUUUGGUUUGUUUUAUUGUUCACUACUCCUAGCCAUAUCUUGGCGCGUUGUCAGUGAACCUGUAGCAGUAACUGUUGUACAAAGCCGUGGUAUCGUGCACACAUGGACUACAUGUCGAUC